AGAUACUGACAGCCAGUCCUGCCACAGAAAAGAGGCAGCAGUAGGAGCGCGAACAUCGCCAGCGGAUGGGAGACAGACGCUGUGAGCGGACCGAGGAUUUUUGGGAAUACUCGCUGAUGAGGAAGCAACAACAAAGGAAGAAGAUGGAAUAAAGAAAAAACAAAACAAAGGGCACCUUAUUGCUUUUGUGAGCGCCUAACACUUCUGUUUGGACCAUCCCACAAGCAGAGCACCAGUGAAAACACAUACAUAUGAUAUAUAUAUAAAAUUCCUAUACAUAUAUAUCAAAUUAUGCCUGUUUUCAAAGAAGCUUCAGCUGGACGACUGAAUUGACAUCAAAAGGCAUCAAUUUGGAGAUAAUAUGCAGCAUCUGUAUAGAAACUGUUGCAUAUUAAAUCUUUGAUUUUUUUUUUUCUUUUUUUGUUUUUUUUUCAAUAGGGGGAAAAAGGGGAAAAAAUAGAAAAAUUUUAAAAUUGGAGUCAGAGUAACCGAUGCAAGAUUAUCUCUAAAGUGCUUUUGCUGUGCUUUGUCCCGCAUUCGCAUAAGGGUUUCUUUUGAAAACAGGAUCUUUUUUGAUCUGCCCUUGGUGCCACACUGCCAUUCAGCUGUCGCAUCUCCACUUGUCUCUGUCCUCCAUGCAGGCUGGGAUAGCUUUGUUCCAGCCAGACUCAUGCAAGCGCUCUUCUGAAAGUGCAUAGGGCAGUCCAGGGGCUCCUUGACCCCAAGUUGGUAUUUCCUUUGCAGCGGCUAAACAAAAUCCUACUGGGUCAGAGAAGAAAGGGUGAGGUAAGCUAUAAAAAAGAUAAAAACAUCAAGGGAAGGAUGGUGGAAAUCAGGACAAGAGCAUGCAAUGAAAACAAAAAGUUAGCUGUAGACAAAGAAAGCGAGUGAAAAACAAAACCCUGAUGUAAGAAGAAGCCAUUGUCUGCUCCAAAAUAGACAAAUCAUUUUAACCCAUUAAUCUUCUCUUCCUUUCUUGGAAAAUUUUCCAAGACAUUAAUAUAAUAGCUUCAGUGCAGGAGCCCUUCUUGAUCUCUUUCCCCUCUCUUCACCUCUGCAAUUGUAGGGUAGACCUAAGAAGCUGAAAGUCGAGAGUGGUGUCCUGUGUCUGUCAGAGACCCUUGGAUCCAGGGAGAGGAGGGGUCUCAGUGGAGCAACAGCAGCAGCAUCAGCCCUGCGCACGCUGAGUGCAAAAAAAGCCAUUGGACUCCUGUGUGUGCCACUUAAAAGCUCCAGACUGAUACUAACGGUGUUCUUUCAUCAGGGAAUUAAGCUGUUUGUGGAUGUGCGCAUGUGGAAGGAUGGAUGUGCAUGAUUGAGAGAUAAAAAGCCUCAGGUGCACUUCUGGACUGUUUUCACCACAAGAUUCUAACUUUACGAGAGCCUGGAGUGAUGCUCUAAAGACAUUUCACAGCUGCUGUUACCUGUUGGUUAUUGUGCUGAAAAUAGAAAGCAGCAGAUUAGCUAAGAAAGACGCCUGCAGUUGAACGACUGAAAGCCACACUUUUCAGAGAGAAAAGUUUUCCGAAGUGGACUACAGUGACAUGGCGAAUGCAAAAAUAAAAAAGCUUCUUUUCAGCAGUGACAUUGAGAGUAGCAGGAGCAUAGAUGCAAGUUAAGAUCUGUGAAGGACUUUUUUUUUCUUUUGGACACCAGAACCUAUCUGACUUCAAUGCUGAGGUGUUAUCCACUCAGGAAUAUGAGUCUAUCUUUGGAGUGAAAAAUCUUACAUGUGGGAACCUUUUGCUAACUGCAGGUUUGGAUUCGCUUUGUCCACCAGCACCAUUGGGAACCUACAUUUCUCACUUUUCACAGAUUAUUCAAGCACUCUGUGGUGCUGAAAAUGCCAGGGGCAAGUUCAUUCAUAGGUAAUUCGUCCUCCUAAAUUGGAUCCUCCUAUCCAAGAGUCUGGAUUUGUCUAAAACCACCGUUGCUGUGUGCUGUAGACUUGAAUGGCUUCAUAAAAGGAGCUUGUUGGUCUUCCAAAACCUCUCCCUUAACCGAACUGAGAAGCUUGAAUAACUCAGAGUAAGUCCAGCAUGGCAUCUCCAGUUUGUUCACUCUUGUUGAACUUUUCAUUGGCCAUGUUACUGGGUCUGACCAACCUGAGCAGACUGAACUCAUGGCCAUCAGGUCAAGUCUUAGCACAAAUAUCUUCAAACAACCAGACCACAGAAUCAUCUGUGGUACCAGAGGCAGCACUGGCAACACCAACACCAGAUCCAGGGCAACAAACAGACUCAAGCAAUGGGAACCGCUGCUGGGGGUACUAUGACGUCAUGGGCCAGUGGGACCCACCAUUUAACUGUAACGCAGGCAUCUACCUGUUCUGUUGUGGUUCUUGCUUCUACCGCUUCUGCUGCCAGUUCAGAAUCCACAGUUUGGACCAGAGCUCCUGCUCCAACUAUGACACACCUGUGUGGGCAAACACCGGGAAACCUGGGAUACCUGUCACAGAGGUUCAUCAGGAACCAGACCGGGAUCGGACCCACAUGAUUGUUUAUAUUAUCUGUGGUGUGGUGGCCAUCAUGGUGCUGGUGGGAAUUUUCACAAAGCUGGGACUGGAAAAGAGUCAAGGAGGUCAAACUGACAUGACAAACUCAAGAACUCUGACAGAGCUUCUGAAGCAGCCAGGGGAGGCAGGAGUGGUGGAUGGAGCUGGAGUUCAUCAUCCUAUUGGGACGAACGGCAUCACUGCAAGAGCAAUGCGCUCCAACAAUGAUCACAAUCACCUGAACAAUGCAGCUUUAUCCCCCCUGGGACCGGCCAUGGCCUUGUCUCACCCUCACAACAACCUGGGAAUUGGUUUCAAUAAGUACACCUCGCUCAAGGCUGUGGACACAGGUGUAAGAGACUACUACAAGAGCUAUCCGAUGGUAGAUUACACCCACCGCCAGUCUCCUCCAACUUUCCAACCAAUCAACUUCCACCCCAAGGACAAGCCCUUCCUCCCACCUCCAGAUGUCCAUGCACCUCUGGCCAUAACCAUCAACGCCUCCCAGAUGCCCAAACCCAAGAUUUCCAAAACCAACACACACCCGCUCACCUCCAGCUCGGCCUUCAAAGCCUGGGACCCAAGCAAGAGCCACAUCCCGCACCCAACAGCCACCCACAUGAGUAUCGGCGCGCAGCAGCACCAUCCCAUCCAGCAGCAGCACCACCAGCCGCUGCACCAGCAGAACAGCCGGCGUCAGGCCUACUCCCACAAGCGGCAGUUCAGCAUCGAGACGUUGCCAGAGCUCUUCUCACAGCCGUUGGGCUACGGCCACUCACCACACAUGCACCCCAAGCACAAGGGACUGGCCACCAACAGCAAGACAGAGGUGACAGUGUGAAGGAACAGAGAGGGCGAAUAGGCAAAGACAUGGAGUUCAUCCUGAAAGGGAUGUGCUUUGAUAUCCUUAAUAUCCACAGCUUUGGUGUUGUGGAGGAGCAAACAAAUAUCACAUCUGGGAUUUUUAGUAACUGCAUUUUCCUCACUGUUUUUAGCAAGAACAGAAAAAAACAGCAUCUGUGUGUGGUAUUUGUAUAUUUCUAAGACCACUGGAUCGAACCCCAAGCGGAUAAGCUGUGAAGGUGACGGAGCAGCAGGUGACAUUUCUGACCCUUUGAACAUGGCAGCUUUUCUAAAUAAUUGAGUGGCCUCUCAGUGUGUUGACACACCUCUCUGCAUUGUCUCCUCCUGCAUCUCUGCAACCUUCUGCUCCCCUCUGUAGCACCUUUCCACCAUGCCCAAAUAGUCAAACUCCACACAGAGACUUUAUUUACCCCAGAAUCCCUUUUUCCCGUGAAAUUCCUCGGCCUCUCAUCAGCUGAAAUAAUAUCAUUGUGUUGUCAGCUCUCUUUGCCCUGCGGUUUUCUGAAGAGUGAGAUAUCAGCCUUGCGAUUCAUACCAGAGAGGAGGGUGAGGGUUUGUGGGAAGUGUUUGUCUCAAUCUAGAGGCAAACGCAAUGAGAAUGAUCCAAACCACGUGCAGACUCCCACAUGCAUACAUGUACACAGUCGUCAAAUAUUUUCUGCAAUGUCAAAAAGCCUGCAGACUCCACUUCCAUUCCCCCCCGGAGACAAACAGAAACACAAUUUUCUCUCAAAACACUAAUUCUCUGAGACUUGUGAAAUGAAUCGGUGAGCUGUCUUAUUGUGUGCAGGGGCUUGAUGAAAUGUCUCCUAAGCUGAGGAUGUUUAUAGCUGCAAAAGAAGCUACUGAUGCUUGAAAAUUUGACAGAAAAGUUCAAUUUGUCGAGCAGGAUCAUUGUGAAGUUCCCUGGUGUAGCUUGUGCCAGUGUUUCUUUAUUGAUUGAAUACCUCCUCUGAGAUACAUCUUGCUUUUUUUCAGCUCUAUGCAAGCGUAGUAGUCGUCAGAAGUAUUUAUAUCCUUUGAGGUUUUCAUUUUUUCUUAGCGGUAACGCUAUUCUUUUUCACUGGGAUUUCCUGUGUCAGACCAACUAGGGCAUCACUGAAGGAAAUCGGAAGGAAAGGGAUUGAUGUUUAUUUUUUUUAAACCAAAAAUAGUAAUCUAAGAAAUAUGGUUUCCCUCCAGAUUCACCCUCUUAACAACUCUUAACAAAAUCCAGUGCAACCAACUGCCCUCAGAAAUCAAUCACUAAUUUCCACCUAUAUGUUUUUUAUGUUGUUCUAGCAUAUGAAAUUACAAAAAAAAGCAUAUUGAUGCUUUAAAAGUGGAAAAAAGCAAUAAAAGCUCAAGGAGUGUGAAUACUUUCUUCAAGGCUCUGCAAACACCGGCUUCCAGAUAGAUUAUUACCAACAUGCAGGGUUUCUGAGUGUAAGGAGAGAAAGCCCUGAUGCAUACAAAAACACCUUUACAAGGGAUGCCUGAGUGGAGCCGUUUGAUGCGAGUGUUUAGUGCUGCUGCUUGCGCUGCAGUUUGCUUCACUCCCUCUUAAUGAAGUGUCUCAGCACUACAAGUGAAUGACUGCUAGCACUUAAACAAAUCACUAAUGUAAUUCAUGCCUUGGACGCAUACAGCUUACACAUCAAGAGAGCAGCUUGGUCUGAGGCUAUGCUUUCAUCCAAAUAGAGGAGCAAAACAGAAGAACUUUUUAUCCAUACUAAUGCCUAUCCAGCAAUUUAGAUGUUUGGAUUUACAGGUCUAAAAUUUUAUUUUUAUUUAGAUUUUUAAUGAUACGGAUAUUAGAAAUGCAAAAUAUUUCCUUCAAUGUUCUUUUUUCAGUUUCAAGCCAUUCUUUAAGACCUCUUUAUUUCAACAGCCUUACAGUUGUUGAGAAUGUAACACAUUUAUAUUCUCAACACGUCACAUGCUGACGCUUGAUCAAAACAUUUGGCGUCACAUUUGAGGGCUUCAGAUAUCCCUUAGGGCUGCUGUUCUGUGUGCCCUGUAAUGAUUUACACCAGCAGCCUUCUGAAUCAGGACAGUUAAUCUGCUUGCCAGGGUUUCUGCAGAGGCUGUUGAAGGUACAGAGACCCUUCUUUGGUUUGAAGAUGCAAAUCUGUUAAAACAACCCAAUCUCCCACUAUGAGUUAAACGGAGCUAAGCUUGUUCAACAUGUUCUUUUUUUUUUACCCAUCAAGCAUUGCACAUUAGCUGCAGCUGAACAGUUUUAGAUGUAAUACAUUUGACUUUUUUUGGAUUUUCUUGUCACGAUAAGUAAAAAGAAUCUUAAAAUAGAUGAAUAUUUUAUGGCGGCAGCAUGAUCUCAAAUCGCCAAAAUCCAACCAGUGAGAAAAAAUUUUUACUUUUUUGCAAGUGUUUAGUAAAAAAGAUCUUUCUCAUAUACAUAUAGGGAACUACCACCUUAUUGUUAGAAUUUAACUUGUUUAGGUAGUUUAGAGUUUUCUUUGGGUAAACAUGCAACAACCCAUAGGCUAUUUUUUUUUAUCAGUGAUUAUUGUGUCGAGGUGAGAAGGUUGUUAAAAGUCCUAACAAAAACAAGGCUUUCUUGGGCUACUGUAUAUAGCCUCAAACUCAACACUAUUUCAGACAUUUGAGUUGAAAAAGCUUUCUGGAUCGGAAACAAAACGUCUUUAAACUUGGAAACAAGUCAGGUGAAUUGUUUUUUUUUAAAACAUUUUUUGAAGUUGUUAAAGGAGGUUAAAAAAGCUCAUCAAUAAAGAAGGGGCAUUUUGGGUCCACUAUCUGUCAGAUGCUACAUCUAAAAGAUAACUGUUAGAGGCAUGCCAGAAAAGAGCCCCUUCAACAACAGAAAUAUGUUGAGUUUGUGGAGACGAGUGCUUUCAUCAGAAGAGUCUAAAGCUGGCGUCAAACGACACUAUCCUGCCAUUUUAAAAAUGUAGGCAAUGCUGGUAGAAGCGCAAGGAAAUGAUGCCAAUGUUUUUAGAACUUGAAAUAUUUUUUCUAAAUAGUGCAUGUGAAUUAGGAUCAAAGUUGGGGACUACAGUACAGUGGUCUGCAUUCUGAGUGCAAUGCUUUAGCUGUUGUGUCUUCAUCUUUUUGCGUUUAUUUUUACGUGAGGAUGAGUCAGUGUAACAGUUUUUAAAUGGCCAUUCAGGAGCAAUGUUGUCUGCAUAAACAAAUUUGAACCUGAAAAGGUUUACAGCCUUUAAAAUUCGGCAGAUUUUGCUAAGGCACUAUUUUUGCAUAAUGAAGCCUCUUAAGCUACAUGAAACAAGAGACUAAAAAAUUUUAAUACACACAACUUGGAGGGCGCAUAUCAGUGGUACAGUGAUUAUUCGAUGGGAAAGGAUAAAUCUUCUAACAAAUUCUUAAAACUUAGGAUGGUUUUGAAGCAUAACACACAAUGCUGCCAUCAAACAAGCAACCAGGCUAUUUUCUACCAGCAAACACACACUAGUAGCAUCCAGCCUUAAGCUGAUGCCUCAGUUUAUGGCAUCCAGCUGACUUGUGGUACAUUUUCAGGAUGGUGGAUUUAGUUUUAAAUAGGGCAAGUUUCAAAAAGAGAUAAUAUUUCUUACUGCAGCCCUAAAUUAACUGAAAUAGAUUUUACGUCUUGUGAGUGGCUACUGACUGUUCACAGGUUCGCCUCACAACCCUGUUUAAAAGAAACAUUUUCGUUUCUGAU